AUGCCUAAGUUCUUCGGGGUUUCAUUGAACCCUGUUUCGAGGCUGAGUCCAACAGAAUUUGAAGCUGCAAAGCAGGAAGUGUACCGAAAGGAGCGAGAUGGCAGUGUCUCGCUCUUCGUCCCCUUUCGCGGGCGCAUCGCUAAGGUCCGGAUAGACCCAAUCAAGGAAUCCACCCUCAUCAAAGGAGCAAAGCUUUUUCCCAUCAUUCGUUCAGUGAAUCUGAACGUCAAGGCGUCUAUUGAUGCCGUUUUCAUGAAGCAGCUCGGCUCAGUACUGAGACUAGCAUUUAGAAACUGGAGGUCAAAGGAGGUUGGCCUUGUAGUUCUCCACUCAACAUUUCUUGUUCUUCGUACCCUACUCAGUGUUUAUGUGGCGCGUCUUGAUGGACGCAUUGUCCGUGAUCUCGUCAGUGCCGAUGGCCCUGGAUUUCUUCGCGGCCUUGGGUGGUGGUUUGUUCUUGCGGUUCCUUCAUCAUACACAAACUCGAUGCUGCGUCAUCUUCAGAUGAAGCUGUCUCUCAGUCUUCGGACACGACUUACUCGAUAUGCCCAUGAUCUUUAUCUCACAAAAGCACCCUACCUUCGGUACUACCGAGUAGGCCUUGAAGGGGGAUUGGACGGUGUUGAUCAGUAUAUCACCUCCGACAUUGCGUCGUUUUGCGAUUCCCUUGCCGCCUUGUACGGCAACACUAUGAAACCGUUCCUUGAUAUGUUCAUCUUCACCGUGCAAAUUUCACGGUCCUUGGGACUCUUGGGUAGCACUCUUUUGUGGGGGAAUUAUUUACUCACAGCUAGCAUCCUCAGAGCUGUGACCCCGGCUUUUGCCCGUAUGGCAGCGGUGGAGGCCCGACUUGAAGGGGAAUAUCGUGGAGGCGUUGCACGUGCCGGGAGAGAAGCCGAGGAGAUUGCUUUUUACAAUGGUGGAAGUACCGAGCGUGACAUUCUCUGGAAAGCUUACUCCCGCCUGAUGAGCCAUGUGAAUACCAUCGCAAAGAUUCGAAUUGCUUACGAAUGGACAGAAGAUUUCGUUAUUAAGUACUUAUGGUCCGCCGUGGGCUAUUGUUUGAUUUCAAUCCCUGUGUUGCUCCGUCCGACUCGACACGUUGGCAUUCAAGCCCAGGGGCCUUUGGCAGAUGGUCUGCUCCGUCCCAAUGAUUCCAUUGCCUCGAGAACAGAAGAUUAUAUCUCAAAUCGUCGUCUUCUUAUUUCCAUUGCCGAUGCUGGAGGACGGUUAAUGUAUGCAUACAAGGAUCUGUUGGAGCUGGCCGGUUUAACCACCCGCGUAUACACGCUGUUGUCUACGUUGCAUGCCAUACCAUCAGUAAAGGAGUUCGCGGAUUCAGAGCAUAGCAUACGUCUGGACAACGUCGGAGUCAGCGUUCCCGAACGCAAAGUUCGCGGGGCCAAUGUGUUUGAAGCGGACGACGCACAAAAUCAUGGCCUGAAUGGCGGCUUAGUGGAACCCCUGAAGUUAACAAUUAGAAGAGGCGAACACUUGAUGAUUACCGGUCCCAAUGGGGUGGGAAAGACAGCUAUCGCUCGUGUUAUUGCUGGCUUAUGGGAGACCACUGGUGGUAUCCUCAGUCGUCCCUCCCGAGGUGCGAAGGGCGUAUUUGUGGUGCCACAGCGAUCAUACAUGGUCGUGGGCACCCUCCGAGAUCAGAUUACCUAUCCUCAUUCAUACGCCGAUUUCAAAGCGUCAGGUCGCACCGACGAAGAUCUAAUGGAAAUUUUGAGACGUGUUCACUUGGCGUAUCUCCCAGAGCGUGAAGGAGGCUGGACGACACAGAAGGAGUGGCGUGACGUCCUCAGUGGAGGUGAAAAGCAGAGAAUGGGUAUGGCCAGGCUUUUCUAUCACUCGCCAAAGUUCGCGGUGCUGGAUGUAGAAUGUACAAGCGCUGUUUCGACUGAUGUUGAAGGAUUGAUGUAUCAGCAUGCCAAAGAUCUUGGGAUUACCCUGAUUACCGUUUCUCAUCGUCCCUCAUUAAUCAAGUAUCAUUCGCGUCUGCUGACACUGAAGGGAGAUGCUAGUGGGAGUUGGACGGAACAACAAGUGGGAACAGCAGAGCAGAAUUUAAGUAUGGACAAAGAAAUAGCCGCCAUUGAGGCUAAUCUCGCAGAGGUUAAACACUGGGAGGCCCGCAUCAAGGAGAUCGCAGCAGAACUUGGCGUUUCGGUCAAACUGCCGAAGUUGGAUUGA